CGUUUGUUCCUUCUUUUCUCUCUGUGACCGAUGGUGGACGGACCGGCUCGUGCAGAUUUCAUGGUAGUUUCGGGCAGCGUGCCAAGGAGUCUCUGCAGCAAGUGCACUGAAAGAAAAAUGCCUCCCAAAAGAAAAAGUAAGACGGAAUCUCCCUCCUCUUCGAAAACUGCAAAACUUCUCACUCCAGCUUCAGAAAAGAGUGCAGAGUAUGAAGUAACUGAGAGUAGAGAUGCUGUAACUACGGACAAAGUACCACCAUCGAAUAAGAAUGAAGUGCCACCAUCAAAUAGCAGUAUUGCAGAGCGGUUCCUUAGUGAGCUUGUCGCCCCUUUCAAUGAAGAGGUAGUUGGGCUGACGUUUGAGAAGCCCAUUGAAUACGUCUACAAUCCUCUGGAGUAUGCCAGAGAACCACACGAGGACUACAUCAGGAAAUAUUGCAACUCGACCAAGGAUAUCUUGUUCCUGGGAAUGAAUCCAGGACCGUUUGGAAUGGCACAAAAUGGAGUACCUUUUGGAGAACACGACUCCGCUGUCAACUUUCUUGGCAUUACAGGAAACGUUGGUAAACCUCCAAAGGAGCACCCCAAGAGACAGAUCGUUGGCCUCUCCUGCCCCCGCAAGGAAGUUAGUGGCAGUCGUUUCUGGGGCUUAUGGAAGACACUUUGCAAGACACCGGAAGAGUUCUUCCGUCACGCUUUUGUUUACAACCACUGCUCCUUGGUCUUCAUGUCCGAAACUGGAAAGAAUAUCACACCGCCGGAUAUGCGUGUAGGAAUGCGGAAACAAAUUGUCGAACUCGGUGACGAUUUCGUCUGUAAGAUGGUGAAGCUUCUUGAAGUCAAGGUUGUCGUUGGAAUUGGAAAGUUUGCUGAGCAGCGCGCUAAGAAGGCUUUGGAAGCUGCGGGUAUAGAUGGGGUGAGAGUGGUGGUGAUUAUGCACCCAUCGCCCAUAAAUCCAGCUGCUAAUAAGGGAUGGGAUCAGGCUGUGACAAAACAACUCAAAGACUUAAAUUUACUUAAAUACUUCAAGAAAUAACACCUGAAAUUGUCCUUUUAUACCUUUUCAUGUUCGCUUUAGAGCUUUUUAAAUUUAAAAAUUAAAAUUUCUUAACUAUGUUGUAAAAAGCUGGCAGUAGCAUUGACAUUCUGGAAAAUACUACAUUUUAUUUUUAACCCUAUAAUUGUUAUUGUACAUAUUAAUUUGUGUAGAGCAAGGAACAGAAAGAGUUACAACUCCAGUCUUAAAGUCACCUGGAAGUGGUAUUUUGUCAAAAUAAAG